AAAUGUUGCAUCUGUGCUCAAAUUCAUUUGUCGACGUCUUCAGCUGAUGGCAAAGGAGUUGUCGCUUCUGUCUUGCCACUUCUGCAGCUGAUGGCUCUCAACAGAUGAGGUGUUGGCUGCACUGAGGUCCAUCUCUGUGUCUGUAAACCUGUCUUGACUUAAGCAUUUCCCUCUCGAUUGGAGUAUUCCUCUGCGAAAUGUUGGGGCUGCGGUUGUGAGAUGCUGUAGGCUCACGGUGUACCAGUGGAAAGUUGUAUAGGGUGUAUGGGUCAUCCACGGAACAGCCCUGCCCGCCUUCAGAAGCUGCCUCCCACGCCACGGAUACCCAGGCCGUGCAGCCCUCCUCCUAGAAGUUCCAGCCGCCUCUCCUCUGCAGGACUCUCCGGCCGCAUGGCAGGCAUAAUUCAGCCCCCCCGCUCACCUGAUUGGCCCCAGCCUGCUGGCUUGAAUAAUGAACCUGUUAGUGUCGGGGACGGUGAUUGGCCAGGCACUGCUGCAGUGAGAAUGCAGCCUGGAUGCUCCGUGCUCCUGCUCCUUUGGAUGUGCCCUCGAUGAGCCAGCAAGCACAGGUUAGCCGGCACAGCUGCCCAGAGGGCAAGACUCUCUCUUCCCGAGAGCCGUUGCUGCUCCGUUCUGCCUCGCUCCGCCCGAGGCUCCCUGCAAGGCCCAGCAUCUUGGCUUCAUGCUGGCACGGCUUGCCAUUGUCUCUCCGAGGGAGCUGUUUGGGAGGCCGGGCACGGCAGCACCAGCAGACAUUCCAGAGGCAGGAAGCCACCGCGCGGCUCGCUUCUCCCCUGGCGCCGCUGGCUCGGAAGCUUCCCCUGCAGCCCCGACUCUGCAAAGAGGGUGCUUGAGAGCCCGGCUCCCGUUGCCUUCCUCGGCCUCUGACGGCAGGGGCUGCCUGGCCAGUUCGCGAGCCGAGGGCCAGUGAUGCUGCAGUCGCUCUGGCGCUAUUUCUCCUGCCUGAUCUCAAGGGCGGCGUGUCAAGGCCCUGCAGGAGCACAAGAGGAUGAGGAGGCCAAGGACCCCCCAGCUCCUGGCGCUGGGGAGCAGGCCCCCAAGAUGCCGGGGAAGCCACUCAACAAAGGGGGCGGCGACUCGGAAAGGAGGCCGACUAUUCUUCUGGUGGUUGGGCCUGCUGAGCAUUUCCCACAGAAAAUCGUAAAAGCUGGUGACAAGGACCUAGAUGGGCAGCUGGACUUUGAGGAGUUUGUCCACUACCUCCAAGACCAUGAAAAGAAACUGAGGCUGGUCUUCAAGAGCCUGGACAAAAAGAAUGACGGCCGCAUUGAUGCCCAGGAGAUCAUGCAGUCCCUCCGGGACUUGGGAGUCAAGAUCUCCGAACAGCAGGCUGAGAAAAUUCUCAAGAGAAGGGCCGCUGUCGUAGCCGCAGAUCCUGCACUGCCGAGAAGCUCAAGUCCAAGCAUGGAUAAGAAUGGGACGAUGACCAUCGACUGGAACGAAUGGCGGGAUUAUCACCUGCUGCACCCCGUGGAGAACAUUCCCGAGAUCAUCCUGUACUGGAAGCACUCCACGAUCUUCGAUGUGGGAGAGAACCUGACGGUCCCAGACGAGUUCACGGUGGAAGAGAGGCAGACGGGCAUGUGGUGGCGGCACCUGGUCGCAGGCGGGGGCGCAGGCGCCGUUUCGAGGACCUGCACGGCUCCCUUGGACCGCCUGAAGGUGCUCAUGCAGGUUCAUGCUUCUCGCACGAACAACAUGUGCAUCGUGGGGGGCUUCACCCAGAUGAUCCGAGAGGGGGGCACCAGGUCGCUCUGGCGGGGGAACGGCAUCAACGUCCUGAAGAUUGCCCCGGAGUCAGCCAUCAAAUUCAUGGCCUAUGAACAGAUCAAGCGCUUCAUUGGCACUGACCAGGAGGUGCUGAGGAUUCACGAGAGGCUGGUGGCGGGCUCUCUGGCGGGAGCCAUCGCACAGAGCAGCAUCUACCCCAUGGAGGUCCUGAAGACACGCAUGGCCCUCCGCAAAACAGGGCAGUAUUUAGGGAUGCUGGACUGCGCCAAGAACAUCUUCCGGAAAGAAGGGGUGAUGGCGUUCUACAAAGGCUACAUCCCCAACAUGCUGGGAAUCAUUCCGUACGCUGGUAUCGACCUGGCGGUGUAUGAGACACUAAAGAACACCUGGCUGCAAAGGUAUGCUGUCAACAGCGCCGACCCGGGAGUCUUCGUUCUGCUGGCCUGUGGCACCAUGUCGAGCACCUGCGGGCAGCUGGCCAGUUACCCUCUGGCCCUGGUCCGGACGCGGAUGCAAGCGCAAGCUUCAGUGGAGGGUGCCCCAGAAGUGACGAUGAGGGGCCUCUUCAAGCACAUCCUCCAGACGGAGGGAGCCUUCGGCCUCUACCGGGGCCUGGCCCCCAACUUCAUGAAGGUGAUCCCGGCGGUGAGCAUCAGCUACGUGGUCUACGAGAACUUGAAGAUGACCCUGGGCGUGCGGUCCCGGUGACCCGGUGGCCUCGGACCUUGGAACUCUUGAACGGAAGAAAGCAAUCUUGGGGCCACGACCCCCAGGGUGUUGGGUCAUUUCAUUCUGUGAAUGCGCCGAUUCGAGGCGAAGCCGACGGAGCCAAGCUGUGAAGAUCCCAGGCGGGGUGUCGGGGGAUGGAGAGGAGGGAGGUCUUGGGCCUUGUUGCUGCAUCGCUACCGCAGGAGCUGCGUGUCCCAUCCGGCAAUCAUCCGUCACUAAGCAGUCCUCCCUGCACACAAGGGGCCAAACUGGGGAUCCAAGGGGGAAGGCCUGGAGCUGUGAGUGCCGGCCCGGCUCUAGCAGAGUCUCUUCGGAGUUCUCUUCCGAGUCGGAGAAGGUGGUUGCGCCUUUGGAAAAAGCUUCUUUUUGUCGAGGAGUUGGAACCCCUACCCGUUGCUCUAAACCGGCCUUGGGUAGGAGCCGCUGCUAGGCCGAAAGUGUUGUGUUUACAUGCAUUCCUUUGGACAGGAGCAAUUUGUGUGGGAGAUUCUGACCUGCGGCUGGAAGGCCACGCCAACUUCCUGCCCCAGGCUUGCAAGUUGCUUUGGGCUAGCCUGGCAGAGUCAAAAAUGCUUGAUUUUUUUGUAGAUCUGCGUGUGUGUGUCUCUCUCUCUCUGUGUCUUGCUCUAACUGCUAACCAGAUGCACUUAUGAAUGGAAAUAGCGUCCCAGGGCCUGCAUGCCUCCAUCUGCAUGCCCGGUGGGAGGAAGCUGCAUGCACGGCCUCACCUUGAAGGGCUUCACCGAGCUACGGACAAGGCUGCACUGCUUUUGAGCCAUCCGGGUGGAGCGUGGGCGAGAGUGCGGACACCUCUCCUCCCCGCCGGUAGCAUUCUGCAUGGUGCUUUUGAACACGAUUCUGCCAGGUUUGGUGGGCAGCAGAGCCCCCUUCCUGAAGUGGCCUUGGCUGCUGUAUUCUUCUCCUUGCCGUCUUGACAGAUGGAUGCUGGAGUCUGCAUGUGGGCUGGCGAAUCCGGGCUAGGAGGUGCUUUGUUCCUGGGAGUGGGCUGGCUUCAGCUGAAGGGGAGGAGGGGACCUUGGUGGGGGCGCCGAAGAGCGGUGCAUGUGUGCUUUCCUUUCUGCCGGGUGCUCUUCGUAGGGAGAAGGGACGGUGGUGGCUGCAACGUCAGUGUCCUCUGUAUCGUGGGCUACCUCGGGUCCGUCUGCUCAGGCUUCUUGAGGGGGGCCAGCAUCACAUUCCAUUCCUUGUUUUUACUGCUUCAGACAUAUUUAUUUUGUAUUUAUUUGAAGACGAGAGUUAUUGUCCAACUAUUUUUAUAGACCUGUUUAAACAUAGUUACUUAUUUGUCUUUGGUAUUCUUCUGUGUUUUUGUAGAGAUCCUGUAUUUAUGUUCUUAAAACCGUUUUGCACAUUUUACCUAAUAAUCACUAGAAACCGGCGGGGGGGGGGGGAGGCUCAGUCGCCCUCUCCGUGGGCUGCUCUGCUUGUCUGGCAUCUGACCUUGACUGAGGACCUCAGCUGAUUAAGGUGAAAUCCUUGUAGCAAAAAGCCUGGGCUCUUUAAUUGGCAAGAAGUCGUUUUCCCGAAACCAGGGUGCCAGAGGGUCCACUGUUGGACGCUUGCCUUAUCCUGGGAUGUCCUCGUGUUAAAUUUCCAUGUUGGGAUGGGUGCCGGUCAAAACGGGACUAGGUCUGUGCAAGAUGGAUUUUACUUUAAUGUUUGCGAUGGCGAAUAAUGAAAAGGGCUGAUUUGGACGAGGGGAGAGAAAUCUCAGGGAGAGAGAGAAGGACAAGAUGCCUGUUUCCGAUCACAUGGGAGGAAGGCAGAAGCCCUUCUCCAGCUGCAUCAAAAGGAAGCCCCCAGGCACAGCAGUGGCUGUGACCAGCCUGUAGAUGCUCAGUCUCCCAGAAAAGUAGCACCGUCUGGAGUGGCUUCUCUCUCUCUCUCCGGCUCCUCUUCCUGCCUGGGACGGACCCACUGCUGCUUGGAAUUAGCGGCCUAUGGGUCUUUAGUCCAUAUCCGGAUCAGUGGCGUGACUUGUCUCCCCUCUGCCGACCGCCCCACCUUGCCGUGAGUCACCUUGCCCCUCGGGGCAACUCCUUCCUACCAUUUGUGGCCUGACGAGAGCAUUCGGAACACGCCAAUCAAUGCAAGAUGAACUGUUUUUUGGUAACUGUAACCCGGGUUUAUGAAGAGCCGAUCUUAACCAACGGGAAGCCGUUGAUGGUAGACGACUGUUUGCUAAUAAAGGUUUAUCAAAGAUG